UACGGGACAGGAUCGGCGGCUGCGCUUCCCUAAUCUCUGGUUUGGGCUGCCUGACCUGUCGCGAAGGCCGGCGCGCGACAUCCGGCUGUGGGAUAUGCUGGUCGGUCUUCCGGACGGCGAGAGCGCGGGACUGGUUACAUAUGAUCUGGGCAGGGAGACGGAAGAUGUGUUCGAGCCGCUUCGACAUAGACGCGCACUCGCGGUGACCGAAUCAAUUAUCCGAUCAGCUAUCGGCGGCAUCAAGCUUAAGUCCCCGAAAGACGCACAGAUCUUUCUGCCUUACUUAGAAGCCGUCUGCGAUAGUAACAUGCGAUUGGCACGUUUGCCGACCCGGGCUAGGAUUGCAAUAAUCUGUAGUUGACGAAAGAUGACGGGAUGGAUAGUGGCCGACCGCGCUCGACGACCGGAUUCAAGACGCACUCGAGUAUGGGAUGGACCGAUCGGGUCGGGUGAGAAGCUCCUGAAGAAUUUGCAGAGAAGGAACGAUCUAAGAGACAGGUACGGUGGAAGUGUACCGAACCGAGGCAGGCUGCACCGGGCAGAGGUCUUCGACGCAGAAGUGCACGGAGCGUUGCAGGGACAAGCAGCGGCGAGGACGAUCGGG